AUGAUGAACACCAAGAUCGUUGCCCUCGUGGCGUCUCUUCUCGCCCAACAGGCCGUCGCGCUCAAUGCCCACCGUCACGCUCACAACCAGUACCACGCCAAGAAGGCCGUUGAGUACGUGAACGAUGUCGUGACUGUCACCGACUGGACCAUCGUCACCGUUUACGAGGACGGCUCCCCGGCCCACACGACUACCACGGCGCCCAAGGCCAUCUACAAGGGUGCUCACACGGAGAGGCUUACGUCGACUUCGACGUCUGCUAAGAAGACAUCUUCGACGAAGAAGACGAGCUCCACUCAUUCGACGUCUUCGUCCUCAUCUUCGUCCUCUACCUCGUCCUCGUCUUCGUCUUCGUCGUCGACGUCGAUUGCGACGCCGACGACUCUCGUCACCUCCACCAAGGUGUCUUCCUCGUCUACCUCGACGAGCUCGAUCUCGUCUGCCAAGGUCCAGGCUGCGGCUGCUCAGGCUCAGCUCCCUACCACCAGCAUUGUCGCUGCCGUUGUCCCGACGACUUCGUCAAAGUCGUCUUCUUCUGCUGCUGUCGUUCCCACCACCGUCCCGUCUUCGUCUUCCGCCGGUCGGGGUGCUCGUGGUCUUGCCUACAACUCUGGUGACCUUCUGACUCCUCUCCUGGGCUCUGGCACCAAGUGCUCGUGGUCUUACAACUGGGGUCAGAUCGCCGACGUUUCGGCCCCUGAGUCUCUCGAGUUCGUGCCCAUGCUCUGGAGCCCCACGCACUCUGACGGUUGGAGUGACAACGCUGCGGCUGCUAUCGCCAAGGGGGCCACCAGCCUUCUGAGCUUCAACGAGUGCGAUAAUGUUGGCCAGUGCAACAUGGACCCCGCCAGCGCUGCGUCUGCUCACAUUGAAUUGAUGAACCCCUUCUCUGGCAAGGCGCGCAUCGGCACGCCUGCCAUCACCAACAGCAACAUUCCGGGUGAGGGUAUCGACUGGUUGAAGUCCUUUGUCUCGGCAUGCAACGGCCAGUGCGCCUUCGACUUCUGCGCCGCUCACUGGUACAGCCCCCCAGACCCCUCUGACUUCCUCAACCACCUUGUGGCUGUCCAUGAAGCCUGCGGCAAGCCUGUCUGGAUCACCGAGUUCGCCCCUACUGGUAGCGAUGAGGAGAUCAGCGCUUUCCUCGCGACCGUCAUGAAGGCCAUGGAUACUGACCCGACUUACUCUUUCGUCGAGCGCUAUUCGUACUUCAUGGCCGCCACUGGCUCGCUGCUGUCGUCCUCGACGACCCUCAGCUCGUACGGCUCGACUUUUGCUUACGAGUAA